AUGCCAUCUACUUCGGAAGGACAGUCCUCAGGCGAUCCUGGAGGAUAUGUCUACCGAGAUAGAGAUCCCCCACCUUCUUGGAACGGUUCCACUCCAGAGGUCUCUUUCAAGACCUGGCUUCGAGAUCUUGAGCUGUGGGAGGCCACGACGGAUAUUCCCAAGGAGAAGAGGGCGAUCAAGCUGGUUCAAGCUCUCACAGGGCCAGCAAGGGAGGCGGUGUCGUCUUUGACGCUGGCCGAGCUCCAGCAUGCGGACGGCUACAAGACGGUGAUGAAAGUGCUCAACGACAACUUUAAGCCGUAUGUGGAGACAGCGUUGCCGAGGGCCAUGGAGGGCGUGUUCUAUGGCCAGGCUAGAGGUGCCAAGGAGUCCAUCCCGGAUUACCUGGUGCGCGCGUCGCAUGCCUUGGCGGAGCUCAAAGCCGAGGGCGUGGACCUUCCGGCGAAGGCUGCCGGAUACUUGCUGUUCCGGCAGGCGAACUUGGACAAAGAGCUGGAGUCCCGUGUGGUCACGUGGUUGGCUGGCGACUACACCAAGGAUGUGGUGAUCGCCAACCUAAGGCGACUUGACCGCAUCAACUCGAGCAGCUCCGGGUCCAAGGCGAUGCUCUGGACGGAGACUGAAGAGGGCGAAGGCCAGGAGGUGUACUACGAGAACCACGAGCACUAUGGCGAGCCCGAGUUCUACCUGGAGGCGGAAGACGAAGAAGACGAGAACUACGUGUACCUAGAAGACGGCGAGCUGGACGCGGUGUACGAGGAAGGCGAUGUCAUGGAAGCUUUGGCGUCGUACCAACAUGUUCGGCAGCAGCUCAAAGAACAGCAAAAGGGCCGGCAGUACUACCAGCCGAACCUUGGCAAGAAAGGGGGCAAGAAGCUCUUCAACAAGGACGGCAAGAACACCGGCAAGCAGAGCAGCAAGUCCUUCGGCAAAGGCGGCUCGGCAUGGAAGGGGUCGCCUACGUCACGAAGAGUGCACAUAGAGCAGCUCAAGCUUAGGACUCGAUGCCGGGCUUGCGGAGAAGUCGGGCAUUGGAGCAAGGAGUGUAGGCACCGAGCGGGGCCAUCGCUGACUACCUCUUCGUCAUCGUCGGGCCCGGGAGCAAGCCGAGGGUCCUUCUACUGGGCCGGCCGAAUGGAUGCCGGGUCUGGUGGAGCGAACACCUUCUUGUCCUUCGGCCAGUUCCUCAACGACAGGCCGGGCGAGUCGAUGGCGGGCGAGCUCUUCGUGGGAGUGACUACGCAGGGAUGCCACGGCCUGGUGGACACUGCGGCUCAGGAAGGCCUGGUGGGUCGUCCGGCCCUUCUUCGUUUGCUGGACCUUUUGAGGCCCCUAGGCCUAAAAGGCUGCUGGACGGACAAGGCCACCCAGGCACGCGGCAUUGGAGGCGCAGCAAAAACAGUCGGCGUGUGCGAAGUUCCCAUCGGCCUCGGUGGAGUUCCAGGAGUGCUUGAGCUGACAGUCGUAGCCGAAGACGUGCCGUUGCUGUUGCCGGUUAGUCUCUUGAGGGCCUUGGGUUCAGUCAUUGACCUAAGCAAAGACAAGAUCACCUUCAGCAAAGUGAACGGAGAGUGCAACAUGACGACUCUUCCCUCAGGGCACGCAGCUGUGGAUGUGCUUGACUUUGGUCCUGAAGGUUGGGUGAUGCCUUCCGCGUGUGCAGGGCCUAUGCUAGCUUCGCGAGCCCUGCAGCAGCAGCAGGGGCGGCAGCGGAAUCCAUGGCAGCUAGUGCGGAAUCCCGUCAGCCGGCCAAGGCUCGCCGUCCGAAACUGGCGGGUUUUGUUGGACAAACUCUGCUCGCUGCUGGCCUGGGGAUACUGGCAAACCGUGGUGUCACCGUGGCUCUCUCUUCCCGGGCCAGAGUCGCAGCAGCAGCCCAGCCCUACGGAUACCACUUCGCCAGCGACCUUGACUACAAGUUCGGCUACCAGCAGGGGCCAGAUCUACAAGAACUACCUGGAAGGCGAGAGGCCCGAACAGUUGGCUUCGGUGAAAGGCGUGCCGACUCAAGAGAUUGGCCGCUGUGCUCACCCAGCUCAGCAGCUCAAAGGAGGAGGCAAUGGACACAUGAACUGGUUCCACUGCAACCUGUGCAAGGCUCGAUGGAAACUCAGCCGACCAGUGGAGACCGUGAACCAGUCGAAGGAGAAGACCCUCAACCUGGCGGAGAACGCUCUGAAACAACAAGAGAAGCGAAUGGCCCAGAAGCACCAGGUGGAGAUGGGAAACCUGAUGCAGCAGCUGGCGGACGAGCGCGCCAGGAGCGACGAGCUGCAGACUACGCUGGACUUGCGCGAGGGCGAGUACCUGGAGUUCGAGAGGGCGGUGGAGAACGUGACCGCAAUGGAGGCUCACCUGUCCGAGAUGGACCCGACUACCGCGAACCAGGUGCAGGCAAUGGUCUCCGAGUUCAAGAGAGUUCAGCGCUACGAGCAGGAGACCCGACAUCGAGCGAACACGCUGCCCUUGCGAGAAACCAAGAGCGACUGGGAGCAAGCCGUGGCCACGAUGAAGCAAGCGGCGGACAUGGUGAACCAGUUCUACGCGCGCAUGAUGACCCAACGAACCCAAGUGGCGCAGCAGCUGGCAGGAAUGUGA